GCUGCAUCGACCUGCAUAGCUAUUCAGCAUGCCCAUCGCGCCAGUGGACGACCAAGGGACCGUCCUGUACUAUGAGGACAGCGGCGCGCCGGCUGGGUCUACCGACUAUAUCACAGUCGUCCUCAUCCACGGAACCUGCUUCCACAGCGCGGUCUAUCGGCCCAUGAUACCCUUCGCAGCUGAACGGAACCUCCGUUUUGUGCUGCUCAACCUGCGCGACUACCCCGGAUCCUCUCCGUACUCCGCGGACGACAUGGAGGACAUGCGUGGGUCCACCCCUCAGCACCAAGCGCGGGCGCUGCAGACUCGCGGGCUGGAGAUCGCCGAGUUUGUACGCUGGUUCAUCGAGAUGGAGGGCACACCGCCGAUUAGGGAAGCGGCGGGCACAGAAGCGCUUGUAGGAGGUGUGUCCGUCCUCGCUUGGUCGGGAGGAACUUGUGCCGCGGUUGCCACGUUCGCGCAUGCGGACAAGCUCCCUGAAGCGACGCGGCGGCUGUUCGACGCUCACUUGCGAAGCUUCAUACUGUACGAUCCCUCCGUGACUGUUGUUGGGGAAGCGCGCCCUCCAGGUCUCGGUGCCCUAGUCCGGAACCAAGCAGCGCCCUCGGGUGUGCAAACCGCCGAAUUUGCACUCACCAUUGGGUCGUAUUACCCUCCUUUCACGUUUCCCGACAGUAUCGACCCGCCACCUGUUUACGAUCCUCCCCGCCGCGCCAUCCACCUCAGCGCCGACCCGGUCGAUCCGAAGUACACGCCCACGCCUACGAAGAUGGGUCCGCGUGUCCUGCGCGAUGUCACGCACCCGGAUAUCUUCGCGGAUACCCAGCACCUACUCUGGGCGCUUAGCUUCGACAUGUAUCGGCAGAACCUCUCGCGUGCGCUGUUUGACUGCCGGUUCGACGACGGAAGCGGUAUGUUGAAGGAGGUGUGGCCUGCAUUGCGUGUGCAUGUCGUGUGGUGCGACAGGUCGCCCGGUGACUGUCUUUGGGCGUCGGCGGUGAUACACGCGAAGUACAAAGAUGCGGAACCCAAGUAUCGGAGGCCGGUGGAGUUCCACAAGCUGGAGGAUGCGAAUCAUUUUGUACACUGGGAGGAGCCAGAGAAAUUUGUUACGUUCUUAGCAGGUAUCGUCUGAUGAACUUCAAGAAUCGUGUGUACUUCAUUUCGCUUGUCGUUGAUAUUGAGCAAUACUGCAUCCCAGUUCUCUGACCAGGCACGCGUGUCGGUUGCUCUAUUUGAACAUGCAGAGCGCUGACAGUUACUGUGUGAACUCUCCCCGAAGGAAGACCUUCCAUGCCGUGUCGUCAUCUCACCCUCUGUCCCGUGAAAGAUCAGUGGCACCUAAGCGAUCGGAUGAGCACCCGAAGAGCUGUCGCGACUGACACGUCCCGCCGAGAUGCCCCG